UUCUGCUGUCUCGUUCAAGUCUCAUAUGCAUGGGACACAAAACGCCGCAGAACGCAUCACUAAAUCUCCUUUUCUCUUUUCGCUUCCCCAGUGCUAAGCAGCAGUUAACGAUUGGACCUGAACAUUGACUGACAGUUAUCAUCAUCCUUCGUUUCAAGUUGGCCACCAUCAUCUCUGUUGUCUAAAUCUCCCUUCUAAGUUAUCUCAUAUGCUUUCUGGGGCAGUAAACACCACUCCUCGGCCACGGCCGCCAGGUCGGGCACGGAGAAUUUCUACCCACGUCAAAACUUCUCCGCCUCCUCCAUACGCUGCUAGAUCACUUCUUCAUGAUCCGCUGGAUCUGAAACGAGAGUCUUUCAACGGCGCAUCUGCAAUCACUGCGUGGGACGACAUCCCUAACAAUCCUCAUGUUUGGAAUGGGAGGUCCCGCGAGGAGCUUUCUGAUUUACUGCUGAAAGCCGAUGAACUCAUCAAAGACCGAGAAAAUGAACUCAGCGUCACCACAGCCGUCUGUAAAUCAUUGUACGAAAAUAAUUUAGAGCUCCAGGACAAGCACAAGGCGCUUAUCGCCCGCUUGCCUGCUUCAUCAGCAUCCUCUCCAUCCGGAUCCUCGUUAUCCUCUCCAACGAAUCCCGGAACACCUCUUCCACACUCCCCUCAUUACUAUACCAAUAUUUCUUCCUCCCGUGCGAGCACCAGUGCACAUCGCUCUCGCCGUUCGCAGAGACGUGUCUCUGUCUCUCCUGCGGACCUUGCUUUACUUUCAGAUCAGAACGCUGAGCUCCUUGCCAAGCUAGAAAAGCUUGAAUCUGAAUCUGCUCAUACAGAUCAAGCGGGACGGCGAAAAUUGCGCGGUUUGGAGAAAGAGAUUCAAGGGCUCCGAGAGGAGCUUGAUAAAACUCGCGCCAGGAGCGACGAGCUUGAGGAAAAGGCAAAACUUGCUAGUCUCAGUCUCGAGUCUGAAGAAGCGUCGAAGAGGCGACACGAGAGAGAGGAACGAGUCCGCGCCCUACGGGGUAAAAGCGAGAGUGAUACAAGUGACGGAGAAGUACGAGACUUUGCGCCAGGGGGAACACUUGCUUCUCGAGGGAACUCAAAAAGACCUACCGGGCUAGGCAAGUUAGAGAAACACAAGUUUUCGUCGCAGGGUCUACGCCGGCAUGCUUCGGAAGCCAUCUUUCGUUCGGCUCCUGUCGAUCACAAGCUUACUGAGCGAUCUCGAAAGAUGUCCAUGUACGACGGUCUCUCUCGAUCAUUCCCGCAGUUCCAGUUUCCUCCUCCUGCUCAGGCGCCAGCCCCGGCAACGCCCGAAUAUGCACUCGUGUCCCAACUCCUUCAAAAGAUCCACGAACUUGAGCAGAUUAAUGCACAAAUAACUGUGCAACAAGCUAGAACGACGGCGUCGCUGCAGUCGGUCCAAAGAGAUGCUGCGAGCAUCCGGCUCAUCUAUGAGAGCCUUGGCGAUGCCGAUACCAUUGACUGGUUGGAUGGGGAUGACAGCAUCGAGAAUCCCGGUGUCCACGAGGAAAGUGAACAUGACGAGGAAGACGAGACGAUCCGUUUUGCCAGUCUCCGUCGGUCUAUGCUCGUGGAUUCCUCGGUUGAUUUUGAUAGCGGCAUCGAACCAGACAGACAGAGCAGUAUGCGACACCCAAUACUUCCAGAACUCUUUCCUCUACCUGCACAUCAUCGCGCCCGUCGAUCUGUUGUUGGAUUAUUUGAUCCCCCGACUGUAUCUGAUGUCAGUAAUCCACCAUCUGUACAGUCACUGAUUAUUCCCGGCCUGCCACCCGUCCCUUUUGUUCCUCAGCCCAGCACGGAAGCCGUGACCCCCGAAGAAUUGGACUUAUCAUCACCUCUGGCUGCGGCAUUGCCUAUCACAGAAUUCACAGGCCGCCAGACGCUAGACAAUGAGCUAGGACUUGCAUGGGGCAACUGUCCUGGGAAUGACCACUUCCGAACACCAAGUUUAAUUGACCUUACAUCGCUUUCACCUUCUUUAUCCGCUGGCAACGCCGUCGGCGUUCCGGCACCCGGAACCCCUUCCGCGGAAGAUAUCCUGUCCUUUGUCCCUCCUUCUAGUUAUAUCUCAGUUCCUUCCACAUCUUCCAGCUCGUUUGCGGAGCAUGUUAGCUUGCAACCAGGUACAUGGCAAGGUAUUCACGACUCUGAGUCCGUGACGUAUAGUCCGCCCAACGCGCACAUGGAAACAAUUGCAGACAGGAAGCGUCGCAAAUCACAUACCAUUCGCAUGCGCACAAACCACUGGAAUGAAGGUCGCUUCGAAGCGACACUUCUUUCUGCCCCGCGGAGGGAGAGCUCUGCUGAUCUCGCCCGUCCUUCCACUCCGGUUCCCCAGAGACUCGUGAACGAGUUCGUGGAUAGCAUAAGCCGCCAUCGGACUCAUGCCGUUUCCCGCAAUAUCACAGACGACGAGCCAACGACAGGAUCUGCUUCGCCCAUCUCCCUUCGUCAGGAACAGAAGCCUCAGCAGCGAGGGUUCGUAUCGUUCAUCUUGGAGGUGUGGUUGUGGCUUCAGUUUGCUAUCGUUGUUGUCGUCUUUCUUUGGGCGAUGGCGAAGCGCGGACCGAAGAGUGUGUUGGAUGAAGCCCAGAGACGGAAGAUUCAAUGAUGGACCUCAGUUUCAUAUUGUAUUGUAAUAGGGUUAAUGUUGAAUAUGCCCCUAAUGAUAUUGUUUUCUCUACGCAAUCAUUGCUGAUCAGCGCCACCAGACCUGAAGUUCGUCACACCUUUGUGCUCUUUGGCAAGUUAUAUCACU